GUGAGAACAAAAGAAAAGACAGGAACUGCAAAGUCAGUGACAAAUCCUGUUAGCUUUGGGUUCUGAUUUUGUAUAAGUGGAGUGCUUCUCAGGAAUCUUUUCUCAUCCACAUCUCUCCCUAUCUCACGUUUUCUCCGUUCUUGUUUACACACACACACACAGAUCAUCUAUAUAUUAUAUUUUUGCAGGAAGUCCUUUUUUAUUUAUUCAGUUUGUAAAUUUUUGUGCGGCUUUUGUUCAAUGAUCUUCUCGGUGUUAACAUCUCUAGCAAGCAAAGAUAUUGUGUUUUUUUGGGAACUUGAAUUUGGAGAGUAGCUAUAAUAGUUCAUUUCAAGGUUUUUGGAGUUAAUCCACUUUGGGACCUUGUACUAAAAGCAAAUCAGGGUUCAUACAUAGAUCUCAAUCAGGACAUUCUGUCAUGUAUUAUAAAGUUGAUACAUACACCUAUAUAUAAUGUAGAGGGCUAUAUAAAUAUUGACUGCCAUUACAAAAUCCAGUGAGAUGAUGAAAGGUUUGGUGGUGGAUGAGAGCAUUUCGAAUUUGACUUCAACAUCUGGUGAAGUAAGUGCUUCGACAAAUCAAGAACCAUUAUCAAAGAAGAAGAGAACUCUACCAGGCAACCCAGACCCAGAGGCUGAAGUCAUAGCUUUGUCUCCCAAGACACUGCUUGCAACAAAUAGAUUUAUAUGUGAGAUCUGUAACAAAGGGUUUCAAAGAGAUCAGAAUCUUCAGCUUCAUAGAAGAGGACAUAACUUGCCAUGGAAACUAAAGCAAAGAACAAACAAGGAAGUGGUGAGGAAGAAGGUAUAUGUAUGUCCAGAGACAACAUGCGUGCACCAUCACCCAUCUAGGGCUCUUGGUGACCUCACGGGAAUCAAGAAGCACUUUUGCAGAAAACAUGGGGAGAAGAAAUGGAAGUGUGAAAAGUGUUCAAAGCGUUAUGCUGUUCAAUCUGACUGGAAAGCUCAUUCCAAAAUUUGUGGCACCAGAGAGUAUAGAUGUGACUGUGGGAACCUUUUCUCCAGGAGGGACAGUUUCAUCACUCACAGAGCGUUUUGCGAUGCUUUAGCUGAGGAGACUGCUAGAGCAAUUACAGCUGCAAACCAACCUGGUUCUUCUGUUUCACACAUAAAUAUGACCAAUCUAGAAUCCCAACCCCUACUCCAUGGCUAUGCCCUCAAUGCAACAUCUUUGAAUAGAGACCAAGAUCAUCGUUUCAAUGCAAGAGUAGAAGCUGCUGGGCCUGAUUCUGGUCCCCCCUCAAUAAAUCUUUCAUCAUCACCAUUUCUUUUAGGCCACCCACUGCCACAUGACGAAAACCCUAGCCAAAAUCCUAGUUCUACUACACUUCUUCCAUUCCAAGCUCCGCCAGCUUCUCCACACACGUCUGCAACCGCACUCCUACAAAAAGCAGCUCAAAUGGGGGUGACUUUGAGCAAGCCCUUACAAUCACCAGUAGUAUCCAUGCAAAGACCUUACUACUACCACCACCAGGCUCACAUGUGUGGUUCCACAACUUUUGCCACGUCUAGAGCUUGGGGUUUGUCGGCACGUGAAGAGUUGGGAAGUGAGUUCACCCACAGUUUGUCAUCUUUUGGGAAUAAAGCUCGUGUCACCCCUGGUUUCUUGGAACAGGUGGCUAAUGCAACAAAGAGUAAUGCAGGUGCUGGAGCCGGUGCUGCAGCUCCUAGUUCUCUACUCCAUGAUAUGAUGACUUCUUUAUCUGGUACAAGUGAGCUAGAAGGGUCUUCAUCUUUUGAACAUUCUUUCAAUGGGACAUGGAUCACCAAAAGAAACAGCAAUAAAUUUCAAGAAAAUUAUAUCGAUCAUCAUAAUUUCUCAGAAACAAAAGAAUCCCAAUCAUGCAGAAGUGAUAAUCAUGAAGGUAAAGGAAGUGGUAGUAGUAGUAGUAAUAACAUAAGAGGGAACGAUGGGUUGACAAGAGAUUUCUUGGGUCUUAAAGCUUUCCCACAUACAGAUAUCCCCAACUUAGUAGGGCUUAAUCAUCACGUAAACUCUUCUUCAGCGUAUGGGCAACCGAACCAGCACAGUGAAACACCAUGGCAAGGUUAGGUUGUGGUUUCUUGUAACUUUUCAAGUUAGAUAUCCCAAUCUUUUCCCAUAGAAAGAUGAGAAAAUUGGAGAGAUUAUGUAGCACUGCAGCCCCAUGUGGCCAUAUUUCCCUUGGUAAUAAUUUUAAAUAAUGCAUCGCUUAUGCUGAUGCUGAAUAUAUCUAUAUAUAGUUCUUCUUGGUUGUUACUCUCAUUGUUUUAAGCCCUUCAUUAAUUUAUUUCAUUUUGUAUAAUUUUUAUUUCAAUUAUUUAUUUUACAUAUGGAAGUGGAACGACUUUCUCAUCUGUUCAUCACA